UCUGUCUGUCACACAUUUUCUCCCUCUGUUCUGAUCCACAAACCUAUUUUGUACAGUUGUAUGAUCUCUCAACCAGCUUUUCUGUCAUGAUGAGGAGCUAUCUACACAUCGUCACCCUCAUCAUCCUGAAUUUCACAGCAGACUGUGGAGCUCGGGUCCACAUGGUUUACAGGCCAAUAGGAGAAAAAGCUCAUCUCACAUUGAAAGAACACAGGAAUAUAACAACAGUCAAAUGGAGGAAGGAUCAAAGUCUGAUUAUAAUUGUAGAAAACCAAAAGCCAGUUACGAGGAAUCCAGAAAAAUUCAAUAUACAUGUUUCUGACAACUCCUUGAUUAUCCAUAAUUUGACGGUGAAUGACUCUGGGCAAUAUCGAGCUGAAUCUGGACAAUGGGAAGAAGAAAUAAUCGUAUACCUUCUGAUAGUUGAGGAGGCCGUCUCAAAACCAGUGAUUGAUGCCAGUCUUGAUCACCAGUCAAACUCUUCGUCUGUUUGCCACAUCUUGGUAAAAUGUUCUGCUAAUGGUGACUCAGUGACAUACGACUGUGAUCACCAGCACUGCACGCAGACAAACGCUACAUCCAUCAGGGUGAAUAUUACUAUCAACUAUACCGAUAAUGGGGUGUUGGAAUGCAUAGCCAGCAACCGUGUGAGCACAAAACAAACAUCAAUAUCCAUGAGUAACACAUGUUCAGAAAAACAACAAGUACAAACCAAACAAAUCAAUUACAUUUUAGUUUUAAUAAUCAUAAUAAGUUGCACAGUGGUGUUUGGUGUCCUGAUGAUCUGCGCUAUCAAACUUUUUUACAAUAACAGAAAGAAAGAACAGAAUGAAGGAACAUAUCAAGAAGAUAAGUGUGUAAACACUGUCUACAGUGAGGUGGGGAAGCCGUUGAGAACUGAGACUCUAGCAGACAGCAGCGCUGCACAAAAUGCAACAGCAACAGUUUACAACGUUCCUACAAUGUAUCAGUGUCUCUUUAGCAGAAGUGGAGCUGAUGUUUGCUGCACUGUAGUUCAGCUCAGUUCUCUCUCUGCUGGUGAGAGACUGAACUACAGAGACUGAGCUCCACUCACAGUCUCUCAGCCCCAAGCGCUAACUCAGAGGUAUUUUGUACACACAUGUGAUGGAAAAUAAAUACAUGCACAAACUGAAUGUCUCUUACAAAUCACAUAAACAGACAGCAAUUCAUAUUGCAUAUAAGUAUUCACCCCCUUGAACAUAGGGCAGUUGCCAUGCUUGUGAAAUAAAUAAAUAGACUUUGUGAA